AUGGCAAGGCUCACUGAGCUACUCCUGCUCAUCCCCUGCCUGGUUUUCUUACAUCUCUUCCUCUCGCCCUACACGAAAGUCGAAGAGUCCUUCAAUAUCCAAGCUGUCCACGAUAUCCUGAAAUAUGGCAUACCAUCAGGGGAUACAUCAACCGCGUUCCGUGAAAAUUAUGAUCACUUCACGUUCCCAGGCGCUGUGCCGCGGACCUUCGUCGGAGCCGUGGUGCUCGCAGGAGUUGCACGGCCGUUCAUAUGGCUGAACGCGAAGAUACAAAGCCAACUACUAGUAAGGGGAAUUUUGGGAGCAUUAAACGCAGUGUCAUUGAUAGCAUACGCCCGCGCUGUCAAACGAGCUUUCGGUAGAGAAGCAGGCGUUUGGUAUACUCUCCUCCAAGCCAGCCAGUUCCAUGUGAUAUACUAUGCAUCCCGGACUCUUCCAAACAUGUUUGCAUUUGGAAUCACUACCUUUGCCUUGAAAUGCCUUCUACCUGAUGCUGCAGUAGACCCAACCCCUUCUAAAUCGGCUGUGAAAUAUCGUCUCUGUCUCUACUUUCUUACCCUUGCGGGUAUCAUUUUCCGCUCGGAAAUCGCAUUGCUCCUUGCGACAGUCACUAUCUACCACUGGACUCAAGGAAACGUUAAUAUUCGCCGCGAGGUUAUUCCUGCUGGCGUUUGCGGCGUUUUGGUCGGACUUUUUGUUUCCGUGCCCAUCGAUUCAUUCUUUUGGCAGAAGUAUCCUCUCUGGCCUGAACUUUCGGCUUUCUUGUAUAAUGUGGUCUCCGGGAACGCGUCGAACUGGGGAGUCCAUCCCUGGCAUUUUUAUUUCACGAGUGCAAUCCCUCGAUUGCUUCUCAACCCUGUAACCUAUCUUCUUGCCAUCCCAAUGGCGUGCCUAAUCCCGGCCCGACGACCUGCUGCAGCCUCAUUGCUUACCCCCUCUCUUGCAUACAUCAUUCUCUAUAGCGCUCAGCCGCAUAAAGAAUGGCGAUUUAUUUUAUACACUGUUCCCCCUAUUACCGCUGCUGCUGCUCUCGGCGCAUCGUAUAUCUGGAUCCACCGCGCUAAAUCUGUACCAUACCGUUUUCUAUCCGUGACUUUACUCCUUUCUACCCUCGCUACUUUCCUACUUUCUACUUUUGUGCUUCUCCCAGCCUCAAUUGCCAAUUAUCCUGGCGCUCAAGCGCUUAACCGACUCCACAAGCUUGCCCAUAACACCGAACCAGUGUUAAGGGUCUAUAUGGAUACUCUUACAUGCCAAACCGGGGUUACCCAUUUUCUAGAAAAGGCGCCUCCGGAACACCCGAUGGUGGUUCUUCCUGGGUCAGCCGACGGGCGUAUGCCAACCUUACGCUCCGGCACCACCCGCUGGAUAUAUGACAAAACAGAAGAUAAGAAUUUGAUCGAUUCACUCUCUUUUUGGGAUCGAUUAGAUUAUGCCUUGGUCGAAAAUGAAAAUGUCGUACAGGGCAGAGAUAACUGGGAACUCUUGGAAGAAAUCAAAGGCUUUGGUGGACUCAAAUUGUUAAAGCCAGGUCAGGAAGAUGGGACAGAGCAAGCACAAUCAGAAUUUCUCAAGAAAAUAUUCCCUAGUGAGGCGGUUAUUAACGCAUGGGAAUGGUUUAGGCAGAGUGCUAGAAGGCAUCUCACACGUGGAUGGUGGUUAGAGGUCAGAGUGGUGCCCAAAAUCAAAAUUAUGAGGCGUAUCCCUAGAGUUCGUUCUUAA